GCCGGGUCAGUCAGACUUGGCGGUUCAACUUCAACAUGGCCGAAGGGAGUAGGAUCGGUGUUGGCAGCGGCUGUGAGGAAAAGGGGCCUGAGGGGUCGUCCGCGGAUUCUGUGCUCUCCAGCACUACCAUUUCGAGGGUGAAGCUCCUCGACACCAUGGUGGACACUUUUCUCCAGAAGCUGGUCGCCGCCGGCAGCUACCAGAGAUUCACUGACUGUUACAAGCGCUUCUACCAUUUGCAGCCCGAGAUGACACAGCGAAUCUAUGACAAGUUUAUAACUCAGUUGCAGACAUCUAUCCGGGAGGAAAUCUGUGAAAUCAAGGCAGAGGGGAACCUGGAAGCUGUCUUGAAUGCCUUGGAUGCUAUUGUGGAAGAAGGCAAUGACCACAAGGAGCCAGCCUGGCGCCCGAGCGGGAUCCCAGAGAAAGAUCUGUGCAGCGCGAUGGCGCCCUACUUCCUGCAGCAGCGGGAUGCCUUGCGGCGCUGCGUGCAGAAACAGGAGGCCGAGAACAGGCAGCUGGCAGACGCCGUCCUGGCUGGGCGCAGGCAGGUAGAGGAGGUGCAACUGCAGGUCCAGGCCCGGCAGCAGGCCUGGCAGGUCUCUAAGUUCAUGGCUUCCAUGUUCCCCUGGUCUUCUCUUUCUGAGACCAGUCAGCUGCAGCCUGAAGGCCUUGCCCUGGCCUGAGCAGGGCCCCAGCCUUGGAGAGCCAGCAUCAGGAGAAAGGCUGGGGCUUCUCUGCUUCCUCUUGUCCUCACACCUCCAGCCUCUGCACGUAACAGACUCAUCCUAGCGCACAGAGAGCCGGGACCAAGGUGGUGGUGACCAAGGCCCCUAGCCUAUGCUGUCUUGUGAGGCAGAUUCCACAGCUCAAAGUUGUGUCCCAGGCAUUCUUGGGACCAUCCUGCUGAGCCCUCAGGCAAGACCAUUACCACUCCAUCACCAUGAGGCCAUGGGUCACUCUCCUGUCUGGGCCAUGGCUUCCAAAUUGGCCAAAUAAUGAUUCUCGGGCCCUGCCAGCUCUAACAUUCAAUGCAUCUAUCUUAAAAGGGGGAACAAAGCCCCUGCUCUUAGAGCCACACCUCACCCAUUGUAGCUACCAAUCCUAACCACUGUUAGAAGUGGGUCACUGGAUUGAGUUUUCAGUACUGAGCCCUGUGUGGGAGCUUCAAAGGGCUCUUUUCCACCACAGAUGCCAUGUCUGUAGCCCAACUGAAAAUCCACUUAAUUCAAUAAACUUUACUCUGCUAGAAAUCUU